GGGCAGCAGCCUCGCUAGCUAUAGCUAACACAGUAGCGUCCAUCGUUGGACGAAACUAAUCAAACGAGGGGAGAAGAGAGAGAGACAGAUCGCGAUGAAGUCUUGGUUCGUCACUGCUAUAGCGGCACUAGUGCUGAUAGCCGCACAGCAUGCCUCCCUCGUCGCCGCCGGCAGAGGCCCCAGGGUCAUCAUAGUCGGCGCCGGCAUGUCCGGGAUCUCGGCGGGGAAGCGGCUGUGGGACGCCGGGGUGAGGGACCUGCUGAUCCUGGAGGCGACGGGCCGCGUGGGCGGGCGAAUGCACAAGCACAACUUUGGCGGGCUCAACGUGGAGAUCGGCGCCAACUGGGUGGAGGGCCUCAACGGGGACAAGGUGAACCCCAUCUGGCCCAUGGUCAACGCCAGCCUCAAGCUCCGCAACUUCUACUCCGACUUCGACGGCGUCGUCGGCAACGUCUACAAGGAGAGUGGUGGGCUUUACGACGAGGAGUUCGUGCAGAAGAGAAUGGACCGCGGCGACGAGGUGGAGGAGCUGGGCGGCAAGCUCGCCGCGGAGAUGGAUCCCAGCGGCCGCGACGACAUCUCCAUCUUGGCCAUGCAGCGCCUCUUCAACCACCAGCCGAACGGGCCGGCGACGCCGGUGGACAUGGUGCUCGACUACUUCAGGUACGACUACGAGUUCGCCGAGCCGCCGCGCGUCACCAGCCUGCAGGGCACCGAGCCGACGGCCACCUUCGCCGACUUCGGGGAUGACGCCAACUUUGUCGCCGAUCAGCGGGGAUUCGAGACCCUCAUAUAUCACAUCGCCGGCCAGUACCUGCGUUCCGACAAGUCCGGGAACAUCGUAGAUCCUAGGGUCAAGCUCAACAAGGUGGUGCGUGAGAUCUCCUACGACCAGAGAGGCGUGGUGGUGACUACGGAGGACAACUCAGCGUACAGCGCAGACUACGUGAUCGUGUCCGCCAGCAUAGGGGUCCUGCAAAGCGACCUCAUACAGUUCAAGCCUCAGCUGCCGGCAUGGAAGAUCCUUGCCAUCUACCGAUUUGACAUGGGCGUGUACACCAAGAUCUUCCUCAAGUUCCCCAGGAAGUUCUGGCCAACGGGCCCCGGGAAGCAGUUCUUCGUCUACGCCAGCUCCAGGAGAGGCUACUACGGGAUGUGGCAGUCGUUCGAGCAGGAGUACCCGGGGGCCAACGUGCUGAUGGUGACGGUGACGGACGUGGAGUCGCGGCGGAUCGAGCAGCAGCCCGACAACGUGACCAUGGCGGAGGCCGUGGGCGUGCUGCGGAACAUGUUCCCCGACCGGGACGUCCCCGACGCCACCGAUAUCUACGUGCCGCGCUGGUGGUCCAACCGAUUCUUCAAGGGCUCCUACUCCAACUGGCCCGUCGGCGUCAACCGCUACGAGUACGACCAGCUCCGGGCGCCGGUUGGCGGGCGGGUCUACUUCACCGGGGAGCACACCAGCGAGCACUACAACGGCUACGUCCACGGAGCUUAUCUUGCAGGUAUCGACUCCGCGGACAUUCUCAUGAACAAGGUCCUCAACAACGUGGAGUUCAAAGUCCGUCCCAAGUACGACGAGGAGCAGAAAGCUGAGGCUAAAUGAACGAGCAUCGUCGAGGAAUAAACUCAGACGCGUGCCACAGUUUCCGUGGAAGCUUUUCCCCAAGACUUUGAUUUGAGGCGAAAUAAUGUGACGUUCCUGCUUUCCGUCGUGCCUCCCGUGUGUUUGAAUUCUCCGACAGUAUGUAGUUCCUGUUGAAGCGUUCCAGUCAUGUAAUUUCUACAAAUUACUCGAAUAAAAGCACUUGGCCAUUGAGGUUUAAA